AUGCUGCCAGCGGACUGGAACUUCACCUACUUGUGUCUACUGCCUAAAGUUCAAGAACCUGAGACCAUGGGUGAUCUGCGUCCGAUAAGCCUAUGCUCUGUGCUGUAUAAGAUCAUUUCAAAAGUUAUGGUUAGGCGUUUACAACCCAUCCUCCCUGCGAUUGUCUCAGUCAAUCAGUCGGUUUUUGUAGCUGAGAGAUUGAUCACAAAAAAUAUUGGGAUUGCCCAUGAAGCUGUCCAUGCCCUGCAUGUUCAUCCGGAGAUCAAGAAUGAUAGUAUGGUGGUGAAAACUGACAUGUCGAAGGCUUAUGACAAGGUAGAAUGGAGUUAUUUAAGGAGAUUACUUGAAGCUUUAGGCUUUGAUGGUAGAUGGGUGAAGUUAGUGAUGACCUGUGUUGAAACAAUCUCUUUUGCAGUGCUGGUAAAUGACGAGCCGUAUGGUCGGAUCAGGCCGCAACGUGGUCUUCGGCAGGGAGAUCCCCUCUCUCUGUUCCUCUUUGUUUUAUGUACAGAGGGUCUUACGCAUCUUCUGAACAGAGCUGAAAGUCAGGGAUUGAUCAAUGGGUUGAAAUUUGCUGUGGCUGGCCCGUCGGUGCAUCACCUGUUGUUUGCCGACGACAGUCUCUUUUUGUGUCAAACGUCUGAAAACAAAGCUCGUUCCGUCAAAAACAUUCUUGCAGUUUAUGGUAGUGCCACAGGCCAAACCAUUAACUUGCAGAAAUCUGCAAUCUCUUUUGGUUCUCAAGUUGAUCCAACAACUAAAAGUUUGAUUCAAGGGGUGCUUAAUAUCUCAAACGAAGGAGGAACGAGUAAGUACUUGGGCCUACCAGAAUGCCUUAGUAGCUCUAAAAUAGAGUUGUUUGGUUAUCUCAAAGGGAAGGUGAAUGGAAGGUUGAAUGUGUGGUACUUGCGGAAGCUAUCGCAAGGGGGAAAAGAAGUUCUAUUAAAGUCUACAGCCUCGGCCUUACCUGUGUUCGCGAUGUCGGUUUUUAAACUCCCUAAAACGAUCUGCGCUAACAUCUCCAGUGUUAUGGCGAAUUUCUGGUGGGGCUCCGAUGCUCACAAGAGGAAAAUUCAUUGGAUAGCUUGGGAUAAGAUUUGUUUGCCCAAAAAAGUGGAGGCAUGGGCUUCAGAGACUUGGAAGCAUUUAACCAAGCACUUUUGGCAAAACAAGCGUGGAAGAUACUUUCCAAACUCUAGAUUUUUAAAUGCCAAACUAGGAGAAAGGCCAUCUUAUGCUUGGAGAAGUUUGUUAUUCGGUAGAGAACUUCUCAUUAAAGGCCUUCAGAAGAGAGUGGGAGAUUGGAAUUCCAUUAAUGUGUGGUCUGAUAAAUGGUUUGAGGAUGAGGAUGAUGGGUAUGGACCGCGUGCUCCGUGGAUUAAAAACUGUACGUUUAACAUCAAUCUUAGAGCGAGGGACUUGAUUGAUUUUCAAAACAGAAGGUGGAACCAGAGGGCAUUGGAGGAGGUCUUUUUGCCCUCGGAUAUUAAGAUUCUUUUGAAGAACCAACCUGUGACCACUUCAGAAGAUUUUUGGGUGUGGAAAUUUAACAAAUCAGGGGCUCAUACGGUUAAAUCAGGUUACUGGUUUGCGUCAAAGGAAAGGAGUAAGGAGCUUAGAGUGGUGGCUGAAGUUCUCCCGUCAAUCAAUACCCUCAAAGUUCAAAUUUGGAAAGUUUUUGCGGUUCCAAAGAUUAAGACAUUCCUUUGGAAAGCAUUAUCGGAAGCGCUCCCUGUUGCAGAUUUGUUAAUGGCAAGAGGACUCAAGUGUGAUGAUAGAUGUCAACUUUGUGCAUUUGAGGGUGAAUCAGUCAACCAUGUGAUGUUCAGUUGCCACUUAGGAAGACAAGUCUGGGUGUUAUCUAACAUCCCAUGUCCUCAGAAUGGAUUUCAUGUUCAAUCGGUGUAUCAAAAUGUGGCAUAUCUCCUGAAGUUGAGUAAGGAAGUAAAGGUUGAUGUUGAAGUUUCCCGGUGCUGGCUGUGGGUCUUGUGGUACUUGUGGAAGAACAUGAAUAGGCUCCUUUUUGAAGGCUGCGAUACAAUGGGUGCUGCGUGGGUUGUGAAGAAUAAUAGAGGCAUUGUUUUGGAACACAGUAGAAGGGCUUUUUCGGGUGUAAAAUCACGGAACGAGGCUAAGUUGCAGGUUUGGUUGUGGGUCCUUGAAAGUGUGCGGAGUAUGAGGAAGAGGAAGGUCAGGUUCGUCUCAACAUGUGGUGAUUUUGUUGAGGCAAUUGAAAGACCUCACUUGUGGCCUGCGCUUCAGUAUGAAGCUUCGGAGAUCAAGAAAGACCUGCAUGCUUUUGAAGCUUGGGAGUUAAGGAUUGGAUCAUGGGAGUCGGUUAGAAGUGUUUCUUUCAUCGCGCAAAGUGUUAAAAGCUUAGGACUUACUCAGUCUUAUGUGGCUGCGGGUCAUCCCCAUUGGUUGGAUCAUCUAUUUGCGAAUGAAAGACAUUCAUCUGGCGCUUAA